UGCUGCGACAUGGAUCAGUUGGUUUCUGCAGUGGGGUGAUCUUCAAAGAGAACAUGGUUCUCACCACGGCCCAGUGCGCUAGGAAGUACAUCGGCUUUCAGGUGGCGGUGGGUAAAAGGGUGACCUCAUUCGAAGCAGGAGAGCAGACGCUUCAGGUAAAGCAGGUGCACAUCCACCCGCUCUAUGUUGAGGGCAAACCUGACCAUGACAUGGCUGUAGUAGAGCUGACGCAGAAGAUCGUCUUCAAGAAGAGCGUGCUUCCAGCCUGUCUGCCUGAGAGAGACUUCGCUGACAGUGUGCUCAUGGCGGGCGACUACAUGGGUGUCGUCACCGGCUGGAAGGAAGUUUCCGGUGCAACGGAUCUUGAAGGGAACCUCAUGUUAAACCACCUGUCCUAUGACAAACUGCUGGUUUGCUCGCAGCGCCACUCUGGUCAGGUUGGUGGACGU